CGAGGCGCCGAGCGUAGCCGAGGACUGACGAGGACAGCCGAGUGUUUCCGAGGGCCUCCGAGCGCUGAAGAACCUGGCUGAGAGCUGACCUGGGUAGAGCGCUAUGGGUCCGGUGGUUGAGCGGCCGGCCGCGGCGGGCACGAGCGGCGUCGCCGAGCUGGAGCGGUUGAAGCAGCGCGCGGGGCCCGGCGCGCUGCAGCUGGCCUUCCUGUGCGAGUACGACGCGCUGCCCGCCCUGGGCCACGCCUGCGGUCACAACCUCAUAGCCGAGGUCGGGGUGGCUGCUGCUCUGGGCCUGCGGGCUGCCCUGGAGGGCGUCGCCGCGCCACCGCCCGUCAAGGUCAUUGUCCUGGGAACCCCUGCAGAAGAAGAAGGUGGUGGCAAAAUUGAUUUAAUUGAAGCAGGUGCCUUUAAAGAUCUCGAUGUGGUUUUUAUGGCUCACCCAUCUCAAGAGGAUGCCGCCUAUCUACUGGAUGUGGCCGAGCAUGACGUUACUGUGAAGUACUAUGGGAAGGCGUCUCACGCUGCUGCUUACCCUUGGGAGGGAGUGAAUGCCUUAGAUGCUGCAGUCCUUGCCUAUAACAAUCUCUCUGCAUUAAGACAACAGAUGAAACCGACCUGGAGACUUCAUGGUAUAAUAAAAAAUGGUGGCGUAAAGCCCAAUAUCAUCCCCUCUUACUCUGAAUUAGUCUAUUACUUCCGUGCACCCUCAAUGAAAGAGCUUCAGGUUCUGACCAAAAGGGCCGAAGAUUCCUUCCGAGCUGCUGCUUUGGCUACGGGCUGCACAGUGGAAAUUAAAAGUGAAGCACACGAUUAUUACAAUGUUCUUCCCAAUAAGACACUGUGCAGUGCAUAUGUGGAGAAUGGGAAGAAACUGGGAAUAGACUUCAUCUCAGAAGAUGCAAUAUUGAAUGUCCCUUCAGGCUCUACUGAUUUUGGAAAUGUCAGUUUUGUGGUUCCUGGGAUUCACCCAUAUUUUUACAUUGGGACCGAUGCUUUGAACCAUACGGAACAGUACACGGAAGCUGCCGGAUCACAAGAAGCUCAGUUGUACACACUGCGUACAGCCAAAGCCCUGGCCAUGACUGCGCUGGACGUCAUCUUUAAGCCUGAGUUGCUGGAGGGAAUCAGAGAGGAGUUUAAAUUGAAGCUUCAAGAAGAACAGAUUUUAAAUACAGCAGCAUAGAAGGCGUGCUUCGGGACUGCUCAGGAAGCAUUAAGUUUUGUUUGUUUGGUUGUUUUACCUCUAAUACUUUUUCAGUGCAAGAGAGCAUACUUGUUUCUCAGUUGUGGCAAGGACAACAUAGUGAAGGCCCUAAUGGAGUUUGUGAUCCUUCAGACAUUGGUCUGUGAUGCCAUUUCUUAAAAUAGAUGGCACGUGAUUCUAUAACGUGGUAGUGUCUUUUGUAUAGUUUUACAAAUCCCACAGGUUUCAACACUUAAUACUUGUGAACUGUGUUCAGAGAAGUGAAUAUCUCCUCAGCAGUUCAAAGUUGGGGGAGUUUAAGUCUAACUGUAUCUGGUUUGAUCUAGAGAAAAAGAUGUGCCUGUAAGACACACGAAGAAUUAUCUUUACUUUUAACUUUGUUUUAUAAAAGAAAAUGUUCUUUAUUUGCAUGUAAUUACUCCAAGAAGUGGCAUAGGAGCAGUGUAACAGCAAAAGGAGAAGUGACAGAAAAGCAAGGUGGGCCCUUCUAGGGUUAGGCUGCCGUGUGGGAGAGGAGGUCAGACUGGGUGUGUUCUGCUCUCCAGUGUCCUGCACUCUGCUCACCACCCAGCAGCCACCCGCCCCACAGAAGCCCCCUAAGCCCCUGCUGGCCCAGAGGUAGUAACCGUGGAAAGACAGCUUCUGUGUCCCCAUGCUGUGCCUUAACUAAGUUUCUGGCCUUCUCUCAGGACUUUCUCUUUGCUGUCUCAGCUUGCUUUCUACCUUUGUGUCACUAGAGCAUUCUGAGAAAGUGAGGAUUUUACCUAGAAAUUUGAGACAUUUCAUUGGUUGUCAGUAAAAUCACUGGCAAUAAUAAUCCUGGAAAAGCGGGAAAAAGUCACGUAAAAUCACUAGUAUCUCAUGAUUCUUACUUGGGCAUAAAUUUCUCUGUUUCAGACAAGUGUUUCCUUCUGUUUCGCCCUCCUCCCUUUCUAGCUGCAGUCCUGCUGCCCGUCAGGUACUGGAGCCGUCGGCAUGAGCGUGCACUCCUGCCGUUUAGAGUGAGCUUCUGCACAUGAUUACAGAUGUAAACCGCUGGUGAGACAAACUCUUAGGCACAAGAGAGAGAGCUUGGGUGUGGGACCCAAAUAGAGCUAUAGAAUCCCUUUAUGUAUCAUGUGCACUGCCACAUACACAUAGCUUGAAGGAAGUUCUGUCCAGUGCUUUUAGUGUGCCUGAGAUUUAACAGACCUGUUUGUCCAGGCCAGUUGUGUAGUUAUCUGCCUGGGUCAUACCACUAAAAACGUUUGGAUUUUGAAGCAUUCUGGAUUUGAGGUUAGGUGUGUUCAACUUGUAUUAUUACUAGUAAGUUGCUAUGUAUUCUAUGACUGUAGCUAAUAUUUAGCUUGCCUCAAAUUUUUUAAACUGAUUUUUAGUCUUAAUAAAUUCUCUUUAUUGAAUGAGGUA